CUUCUGAUUUAUCGUUCGUUAUAAAAGAGCGUCAAUCAAGUCAUUCUAAGGAGUAUGAACCCAUAGAAAAAAAUAUUAUUGCAUCAAAGGCAGUAGAAGAACUUUUCCCUAAAAUUUAUUCACAGUAUCAACAUAGAAAAAGAAAUCGGCAAUCCAUUUAAUAUGGAAAAAGAAUCUUUGGCUCGCCCGUUCAUGAAAACGAUUGUUAAACAAGUUAGAUCUAAAAUGCUAAAGAAGAAUUCUAAUUGUUACGGACUAUUUGCCGAGACCAAUAUUUCUCCCGGGCUCUUCAUUGUCGAGUUUAAAGGUGAAGUUUGCCUAAAAUCAGAUUAUAAAGCUAACGAGAGCAAUCAAUAUUCCUUAUUGGGCGUUACUCAACCGUUUGUUCUCUUUUAUCCUGUAUUGAAUCUUUGUGUUGAUGCUCGUCGAGUCGGUACUGAGGCAAGGUUUAUUCGUCGGUCAUGUCAUCCUAAUGCCGAAACUCGAACUAUAGUAGUGCCAGGUGGUGAUGAAGUACAUUUAGGAAUUUUUUCCAAAUUUGAAAUUUUGAAGGGAAAAGAGAUAACAAUUGGCUGGGAUUGGGAAUCUAAUCACAUUGCUAAUAGCCUAAUACAAUUGCAAGAUUCAGUUUCUGAAAACGAUGAUGACGAGAAUACUCUCGCAAAAAAGAGAGACGAAAUUGGGAAGACAACAGCAGCGAUUUUACGAUUAACAGAGUGUGCAUGUGAAAAUAAGGACGAUUGCAUUAUUUAUAAAAUGCAAAAUGAAGGGAAAACAUUAAGUAAAUCUAGAAAAAAUAAAAAGUUAGUAAUGGAUGUUGAGGAAAUGUUAAUUGAAGGAGAAAAAGAAACUUCUCCGGGAAUAAACGAUGAAGACUACGAAGAUGAUAUGGAUAGUUCACAAAAAAAGCGUGAUAAUGUUAGUUUAACACGUAAAAUUAAUCGCAAAGGCAAACAAAAUGUUGAAUCAUCCCUCAAUGGAAAUAAUAAAAAUUUCUCAGAAGAUAAUGAAGUGUCCAAUCAAAUAGGACGUAAAGAUAAAAAAAGGGUGAAAGAAUCAGAUGCAAAAUCUGACAACAUUGCACCAUAUAGUCAAAAAAAUAAAGGAAAAGAAUCUGCUAAUCGAGUUCGGGAAGAGACAUCUGGAAAUAUUAAAAGAAAAUCACUGAGCUCUCGAAAAUCAACGAGUAGUAGGCAUGCACGUUCAUUAUCUAGUUCAAAGCGGAGGCAGCAACAUGAAGAUGAUGAGGAACAACUUUCAGAUUCAUCUUUAUCGUCAGUAAAUUCUGAAAUGUCUCUUGAUGAUGACACGUCGAUUGUAGAAGUAUCUCCUCCUGCUGAUAAAAACAUCCCUAAUGAACACAUCAACAAGGAAAAUAAUGAGGAUCAAUUAUCAGAACAUUCCAUAGAAACAGAGGUCAAUGACAUAUUGUUACAGUCAUCAGCCACUCCUCCGCGUCCACUUCCGCCUGCAAUAAGCCAGAUACCUUUUAAGGAUUAUCUUAUUCAAAUGCAUGAAUGGAAAAAGGCUAUCGAAGCAAUAUCUAACUCGGCAUCAACGGAAAGUGAUAGACCAUCUUCGCCUAUCCUUCAUGAAUCUAAUAUGGAAACGACUUCUGAAAAUGUAGAGCCGGAGAAUAUAGGGAAAUCUAAAGGACUAAAAAGUCAUGACGAGGAUUUAAUUACAGAUAAAGACGAGGAGAUCGAUCAUGAUCAAAGAUUAGUACCAUUACCGACACCUAUUAUACCGGCAAAACGAGUAGCAUCUAGUCCCGGCCCCACAUUGAACAAUCAGAAUGGAAAAUAUUUAUAUAAUGAGAAUGGGUCAGAUAUAAAGGGUAAACGCCAAAAGACUGAAGAAUUACAAGGUUUGUCCAAGGGAAAAGGCAAAGAGACUGAAAUUGAAAAAGAAGAGGUGCAAUCUUCAACUCCAGAUAAUCGCGAUAGUGUUGAAAGUACAAUUUUGAUAAAGACUUCUGGAGAUUUGAAAAAACAAGUAAUGGAUUCUUCAAUCACUCAUAGUUCAACAAACGAAACUUCUAAAACGAUGACCUCAAAGCCUAGGAAGUUGUCUCUUAAUGAAUAUCGAAGUCAAUUAGCCAUUACGGCAUUAAAUAAAGAGACGUUAGAGAAAAAGUCUACUUCAGAAGAUUCUAAGUCACCAAUAUCAUCCGCAACAGAGAUUGACAAGAAAGAUAAUAAAACUAUUGAUAAUAAUGACACAUCGUCCUCAUUGCCUGUGAACGCUUCAAUUAAAACAAAACUUUCAUUGAAAGAAUACCAAGAUAAGAUAAGAUUAGCGGAAUCUUCUAACAAUAGCAGUGUAGAUGUUACGAAAAAAUCCAUAGAUCUAGUACCUACAAAUACUGAAGAACUUAAACAAAAGUCAGACGUAAUUGAAAACAAACAGAUAAAUGAGCAAACAAAAUCUGAGGAAGUUGUGGAUUUAACCGUUAUUAGUACAUCACCGAAAUCACCAAAGCUACCUAAAACCGAGGAUAAUAAAUCAUCUUUGAUAAAUGAUGGAUAUUUCCCCGACGUUGACUUUCGAUUUGAUUUCCCUAUUACGCCUUUAGAUACUUCAAAGGAUAUUAAUGCCUUCACUACUAAUGAAUUUGGGCGUCACGCUAAUUCAAGCCAUUCUGACGGUUCAUAUGAAGAAACAAGAGGAAGGCAUUCACCAUAUAAAGAUUAUUCGUCUAUGAAAUCUUCUGGCAAUUAUAAUUCUUCUUAUAAUAUACCUUUGGGUGAUACUUCUAUGCAAACAAGUCCUCGUCCUGAGCACACGUCUCCACCACGAGGACCUCGUUAUUAUGGUGGUGGUCAUUUUAGAGGGAAUCGCAUGGGAGGAUCAUACCGGGGUAUGUCUAUGUCACCAGGAGAUCGCGGUCGUUAUCACAGCGGAUCUGGAUAUUUUAACUCUGCUGGAUCUUUGCCAGCUACACCGAGACAAGGCGCACAGUCUUCAAUUAUGACAUCAUCUGCUUCUUCUCCUUAUGAUCCGGCAAACCCAGACGGACAAAGUGCAAACACAUCUAAUGAACGUGAUCCGAUUUUAGAUAAUAAUAGUAUUAUGGGAAACAAUUCUGGAAGUGGAAUAGCAAUGGAAUCAAAAGCACGAGAUUUUGCGAGAUCGGGUGGAGAUAGGUCUGAUUUACGUGACAGAUGGAGCUAUAAUAAUUAUGCUAGUAUGGAUCGAUCGCGAGAAAGAGAGUGGCGAGAACGAGAAAGAGAUGAUGGUAGGAAGGAUUGGAAUAACAAAAGGCUGGACCAUUAUAGAGAGAGGGAAUACACUGGUACAUCAGAGUUACCACGUUAUCCUAUGAUGGUUACGAGAAGACAUUCGAAUCAAGAUAGAUACAUGAUAGGAGGAUCAGUACCUACCGGUCCAGCCGCUGGUAUGAAUCCUAGUCCAUCAGGUAUUUCUAAAAAUAGUGAGCAGCCUUCCUCAUCGAAUAAUCCCUCUCAAAGAUUUGGCGUUGAUGAUCAUCGCAGAAAUCGACGAUAAACAAUUUGACAUUUCCUAUCGUGAAUUGUAAUAUCAAAAGUAAUUGUUUUGACCAAAUAUCAUCCAUUUCAAUCAACCUAUUGUCUUUUAAUCGUUCCUUUUCC